AUGCGUGGAUUAUGUCGUAGAUGUAAAAGUGAUCACAAGUUCGUCGAUAAAUUACUUAUGUGUAAACCUGCAGUGAUAAUUCCACAUUUGCAACAAUUGGAAAAAGAUUUCUUUGAACUGGUUGGUUAUGGAAAUGUUGCAGAUGUAAAAGAUUUUCUUGAGGCUCAUCCCGAUUUCAAUAUUAAUGUAAUGGAUUUUCAGGGUGUCACCGCGCUUCAUAUCGCGGUCCGUGAUAGAAACCUACCGAUGGUUGAGUAUCUUUUAACCCAUCCCUACAUCGAUCCUGGCGAUGCGCAUUUACACGCUAUCAGAGAUGGCGAAAUAAGGAUCACGCAGGUUAUUUUGAAUAAACUGAAUCAAUUGUCUCCGGGAUUGGAGUACGCAGGGGUGACCCAAAGUGCUGAUUUUCCGGAUGAAACAACGCCACUCACUGUAGCGGCGCAAUAUGGACAGUUCGAAAUGAUCAAUUUCCUCCGGAAUAGAUUACAUAUGCUCCCAAAACCUCAUCCGCCUAGUUGCAAUUGCGAAACGUGCAAAAGCGAAAGAGAAAAAUACGAUCUGCUCACGACUGAAAAAAUGCGAAUAUUCAUAUAUAAAGCCGUCACGAAUCCAGCAUUCAUUUGUCAAACCGUCGAUGAUCCAAUUUUGGAAGCGUUCAAUUUGUCUUACGAACUACGAAAUGCUGCCAACUUCGACAGAGAAUUUUAUUACGAAUAUAGAAGUCUCUCUGAGGCUGUCUCGCAAUUUGCAACCGAUUUGAUCGGUUGCGCAAGAACCGUAGAAGAAGUAGAAGAAAUUUUGAAACAAUCCACUGGAUUCGCUCUUUCGUCCAAAUUUCUGUAUCCAAGACUGUUAUUCGCUUUGCAUAACAAACAGAGAUCCUUCGUAGCCCAUCCCAAUAUACAACAGGUAAUUUCAAGCAAAUGGAUAGAGGGAUGGUACGAAUGGAAAAUCAUGACACCAUGGAUGAAGUGUCUAAUCGUAAUAUUACGCAUGUUCACACUUUUCGUGGUAUUAAUAGUGAUUUUAGUAGCUCCAAAUUCUAAGAAAUCGAAAUUUUGGCAAUCACCCGUGAAUAAGUUCAUCUCAUCAACCGCUAGUUACUUAUGGUUUCUCCUUAUCGUUUUUCUUCAAUCGAAUAUAGACAAAAGCGAGCAACUUCGUGGACCGCCAAACACAGGUGCUUCUUCAGUAUAUGUCUGGCUUUUAAUUGUCUACAUUACAUCGUUCUCGUGGGGAUUGAUUCGUCUUUGUAUUAUACAUGGGCCGAAGAGGUUCUUCGCGGUACCUUGGUAUUGGUUCGAGAUGAUCAUGAUAUUCCUCUUUAUUUUGACCUUCCUAUAUUGGAUAACUGCCGCACUGGAUGUGAAAAUAAAUGGACAACUCGAGUUGGAGAGGAAAUACUGGAACACGUAUGAUCCCACAUUAAUUGCCGAAGGAAUUUAUUGUUUGGCGACAAUAAUGGCUUUCUUGAAAUUAUUGUAUAUCUGCCAGCUGGACUACCAUCUGGGACCACUUCAACUUUCUCUUGUGAAAAUGAUCAAAGAUGUUCUUAAAUUUAUUAUUCUUUUUACCAUAAUCAUUCUUGCAUUUUCUGCAGCAACAUGCAGACUUUAUCAAUAUUAUGAGGAUAUGGUACAAAUUGAUGAUGAAUCAAAGAUCAAGACCCAACAGGUCAACUCGUUCAUCAAUUUUCCAACCGCCCUGAAGACUUUUUUUUGGGCGCUUUUUUGUAUGAGUCCUAUCGAAAGCGCUGAUGUGAUAAUUGAGAAUCUUCCUGGAGAAACAGAGAACGAGACUAUCAUCAAUCAUCAUUCUUUCACAGAGCUUAUUGGAUAUAUAUCAUUCGCCGGAUUCACUUUUAUUUCUGUGAUCAUGAUUUUAAACAUGUUGAUUGCUUGCAUGUCUAAUACGAUGACCAAAGUCACAGAAAAUGUACUUGUAGAAUGGACAUUUGGUCGAACUGAGACUUACGUCGACUUUAUGCUAACAACCACUCUUCCGCCACCAUUCAAUAUUAUUCCAACAUACGUUGGUAUUCAGCCAGUAAUCGAGUACGUGAAAUUAUUGUUGAAACCACCACCAGAUAAACGAGCACGAUGGGACAUGAAACAUUGUUGUUAUAUUGAAACUAUAACGGAGGAUAAAAACGUUAAAUUUUCCUUAGUGAUGGCGCAGCUAGUGCAACGUUACUUCCGACAAAAAGAGAAAGAGAUGGAGGAGAAUGAAAUAGAUAAGCUCACGAAAGAAAUCGUCGAAUUGAGAAAUCUUUUGAGGGAUGCUCUCACUACUAUAUGA